GGGAGCGGGUGUGGGGCGGCGGGAGCGCGCCUGCGCGCGGCCAAGCCGCCUGGGCACCCGGUCCUGACUGUGACGGGAGGCGGCGGUCGGUCCUCCCUGUAACGGCGGCGGCGCCUGCUCCAGACACCUGCGGCGGCGGCGACCCCGCGUCGGGGGCGGAGAUGUGGCCCCUGGUGGUGUUGCUGCUGCUGGGCUCGGCGCGCUGCGGUUCAGCUCAGCUAAUAUUUAAUACAACCAAAUCUGUAGAAUACACCGUUUGCAAUCAAACUGUUGUCAUCCCAUGUUUUGUUAAUAACAUGGAGGCGAAGAGCAUUGCUGAAUUGUAUGUCAAGUGGAAAUUUAAAGGAAAAGACAUUCUCAUCUUUGAUGGAGGUCAGCAAAAGUCCAAGCCCAGCGAUAACUUUACUAGUGCAAAAAUCUCACCAUCAGAAUUACUAAAUGGCAUUGCCUCUUUGACGAUGGAUAAACGUGAUGCCGUCUUAGGAAACUACACUUGUGAAGUAACAGAAUUAAGCAGAGAAGGCGAAACCAUCGUAGAACUAAAAUAUCGUGUUGUUUCAUGGUUUUCUCCAAAUGAAAAUAUCCUCACUGUUAUUUUCCCAAUUUUGGCUAUACUUCUAUUCUGGGGACAGUUUGGUGUUGUGACGCUUAAAUAUAAAUCCAGUUAUACGAAGGAGAAAACCAUUUUUCUGUUAGUUACUGGACUAGUGCUCACUAUCGUUGUGAUUGUUGGAGCCAUUCUUUUCAUCCCAGGUGAAUAUUCAACAAAGAGUGCUUGUGGACUUGGUUUAAUUGUAAUUCCUACGGCAAUAUUAAUAUUACUUCACUACUAUGUGUUUAUGAUAACUAUGGGGAUGUCCUUCUUCACCAUUGCCAUAUUGAUCCUUCAAGUACUGGGCCAUGUGCUCUCUGUGGUUGGAUUCAGCCUCUGUGUCUCAGAGUGUACCCCAGUACAUGGUCCUCUUCUGAUUUCAGGUUUGGGUAUUAUAGCUCUAGCAGAAUUACUUGGAUUAGUUUAUAUGAAAUGUGUUGCUUCCAAUCACAAGACUAUACAACCUCCUAGGAAAGCUGUAGAGGAACCCCUUAAUGAUCUGUAUUCCCAACUUUGUGUCCCUUUGUGGAGCCUGUGGAGUAACUGAAGUAAAAUGAUGGACUCUGAUUUGGAGAGUAGUACGACAUGAAAGAAAUACACUUGUGUUUAAGCACCGUGGCCUUGAUUCACUGUUUUGGAGAAGAAAACAAGAAAAGUAACUGGUUUCCAUCUAUGGGAGAAAGUAAAUAAUUGACCUUUCAAUGAUUGUUACAAUUAAGUUUUUAUUCAAAGCAUUUUUAAUUUAGUUAAUAAAAGAAUUAUGAUCUGUGUUGUGUGCCCAAUUGA